AUGGAAGGCACCUUCCCUCCAACACGCCCUCCUCCGUCCCAGGCGUCCUACAAACAUGUCUGGGACAAGCAGAGUAUGGGAAGAACUAUUGGGAGCAUCUCUGAAGAGCCAGGUAAAUCAGGGCCCGGGACCGAGUCCGGAUCCGGAUCACGCCCAAGGACCCGCGGCUUCACAAACUCAUCGGGUCGACCCACCGUCAGAUGGCCCUUCCACAGCUUCAACAAUUCCCGAUCCUCAAUCCGAUACACGUCAUCUCUCCGACACACUCGCAGCGGUUCUCUGCCACAACGCGCCGCCAGCAGCAUCAGCCGCUCCGUCUCUAGCAUCCUCGGCAGCGACGUCAUCCCCGACUAUGUCGUUCACUUCCUCCGCGGCGAGACUCCCGAGUCCCUAGCCCGCAAGCACCGAAUUCCCGAAAGCCCCGACACCUCUAACUUUCCUAACCAAAACUUCCACUUCGAGUCUCCCGGAAAUGGCAACUUUCUCAUGUCUGAUGGAUCCAGGGCGGCCACACCGCGGGCUGAGAUGGAGAAGAUGCUCCAGGACCAAAAGCCGCCGACCACGUUUAAGAAACUGACGAGCGGCUGGAGGGGCGGUGUUGCGCUUAACGCCUUGCUGGCCUUCCUGGUAUUCGUGGCCGCUAUUGUGUGCCUUGCCUUCGCGGGGGCCAAGGGCAAGAUCUCGGGAGGGGGCUCGUCCGUGGUUGAUGGCGAUGUUGGCGAGGUCCGGGGCGCCAACUUGGGAAUUCACGCCUUGGUCGACAUCUUCGCCGUCGUCCUCGUCGCAGCCGCCAACUACGUUGUUCAGGUCCUCAGCAGCCCCACUCGCUGUGAGGUGGACACUGCCCACGAGAAGCUCACCUGGGUCGAUAUUGGAAUUCCAUCGCUGCGCAACCUCCGUCUGAUCUCAUCUACCAGGGCUGCCCUCUCGGCGACACUCCUUGUGCUCGCCGUCGGCUCUCAAAUAAUCUAUAAUGCCUUAAUCUUCACCAUCCAAUCUGCCGCUGCUACUAACAUGGCCCUCGUCUCGACAUCCUUUAUCCAAUCUGGAUCCCUUGGCAGCAAAAUCGACCUUAAUGGCAUGUCCCGAUCUGAACUGGUGAAUUUGCAAACGAAAGCGAAGGACGACGACCUCAUUCGACUCACCUCUGAGGAGUGCAUCUCUACGUUUAACGACCUAUUCCAGACCGAUUACGACGGCGUCCUGAUUAUCGUCAAGUCCGGGUCCAGUCUCACCGUUGAGACGGCCAAGUCCGGAACCCAGCUAUCCAAGUUCUUCGACGGUCUCGACAAGAAGACCGAUUCUAUCGACUACUGCCUCGCCGAAUCCGCGGAUGAUGCAACGUCUUCGCUCAAUCUCAGUGGACCUCUCCUCGGUGUCAUCGCCUUUUUCAACCUAAUCUUCCUUCUCGCCCUCUCUGUUGCACUCCUGCUUGCUAUUACCCGCAAUGACUUCAAACCUCUUGUCACACUGGGCGAUGCGCUGGUCUCGUUUCUUGAGGACCCGGACCCAGCCACCCAGGAUGCUUGUCUGAUGAACAAGGCUGAGGUCAAGAAUGGCACCUGGGGCCAGCGCGAGGCAAAGUUUUGGACCGCGGCCCCGCUCCGCUGGAUCUCUACGCCCUCGCCCCUGCGAUGGAGCGUAUGGUUGUUGACCUUCCUGGCUCCCUUGGGCCUGACGGCAGCUGCUUUGGCAAUGUCGAUGAAGGCGAGCCCGAAGAGCCCGUUUUCUUCGUUCGCUGACGCGACGGCAGUGUAUAGCCUCCCCAGCGGAUCAAGAGUCGGCCUGGCCAUCGUUACUGCGUUGCCGCAAGUCUUCGUCGGCGUUCUAUACCUCUCGACCAACGCACUGCUCACUCUGUUCUUUCUGUCCCAUGAGUUGUCGAUGUUUGUCGCACCUGGCCGACUCAUCCCGCUGCGUGUGUCUUCAGGACGGCCUAUCGGCGCACAAACUACGUCUCUCUACCUCACCUUGCCCCGAGCUCUGUCCUGGGUGCUGUUUUUCUUGCAUGCCGCGAUGGCUUUCCUGCUGAGUCAGGGCGUCGUUCUUGUGGCCCUCAACCGCGACAAUGGGACCACUCAUAAUGGUAUUGGCUUUUGCCCGCUGCCCCUCCUCAUUCUGCUUGUUGUGCUGGUGACUUUGGGUCUGCUGGUCCUGGGUCUCUCACUCCGAAAGGCGGAUCCACGCGGUGCGAUUGACAGCGGUGACCCGGCUGGGAAUCCACUGACACUUCCCGGCGGAUCCUGCUCGGCGGUCCUCAGCUCCCGGUGUCAUCGAGUGCCGCAGGAGGACGGCGUAGAGGCGCUGGCUGUGCGGUGGGGAGUCGUCCGGGAGGGCAUCGGAAUGUAUGCCGGCCACGCGACCUUUUCGGCACGACCAGUGGGAGAUAUUCUGGUGGGGAGGUCGUAUGCAUAA